AUGCAGGCCGUCCGCCGUAACACCGUCGCUGCCCUUCGCAAUGCUGCUGCCACGCAGCGCCGGGCAUACUCUGCCUCGGCCAGCCCGGCUUAUGCUGAGACUGUGAACAACCUUCGCAUUAACGGAGAGACCAAGGUCAUCUUCCAGGGUUUCACUGGAAAGCAGGGAACUUUCCACGCUGAGCAAGCUAUCGCCUAUGGCACCAAGGUCGUUGGUGGAACCAACCCCAAGAAGGCCGGCUCGAUGCACCUUGACCGUCCCGUCUUCGCCAACGUGAGCGAGGCCGUCAAGGAGACUGGAGCUACCGCUACUGCGCUCUUCGUCCCCCCCCCCUUGGCCGCUAAGGGUAUUGAGGAGGCCAUCGAGGCCGAAAUUCCUCUGGCUGUCUGUAUCACCGAGGGUAUCCCUCAACACGACAUGGUUCGUAUCACCGAUAUCCUGAAGACGCAGAACAAGACCCGUCUGGUGGGUCCUAACUGCCCUGGUAUCAUCGCUCCUGGCCAGUGCAAGAUUGGUAUCAUGCCUGGAUUCAUUCACAAGCGUGGCCGUGUCGGUAUCGUCUCCCGGUCCGGUACCCUGACCUACGAGGCCGUCAACCAGACCACCCAGGCUGGUCUUGGUCAGUCCCUGGUCGUCGGUAUCGGUGGUGACCCCUUCUCCGGCACCAACUUCAUCGACUGCCUGAAGAUCUUCCUCGAGGACCCGGAGACCGACGGUAUCAUCAUGAUUGGUGAGAUCGGUGGUAGCGCCGAGGAGGAUGCUGCCGAGUUCCUCAAGGCCAACAACAAGUACAACAAGCCCGCCGUUGGAUUCAUCGCCGGCAUUAGCGCUCCCCCGGGCCGUCGUAUGGGUCACGCCGGAGCCAUCGUCAGCGGCGGCAAGGGUGGCGCUGACUCUAAGAUCUCCGCUCUUGAGGCGGCUGGUGUUGUUGUCGAGCGCAGCCCCGCUUCCCUGGGCAAGGCGCUGCUGAACGAAUUCGUCAAGAGGGAUCUGGUCUAG